AUGACACAAAAGAUACAUGAAAUGUGGACGAAAGGAUAUAUACAAUCUCUUUUAUCCGCAAAGAAAUACUUCAUCAAAUUACAGACACAGUUAUUGUACAAAGGAUCUCCUUUUAUCCAACAAAAUCUUAUGUCAAAAACAUAUUUCAAAAGAGGAAAUUACUUUGAUUUCAUGUUCAGACCGAUUGUUCUUCUUCCAAACAAUCAUUACGUCAAUCACGAUGAUGCAGCAAUAUUAAGAGGAACAAUUCCUGCAGAAAGAAAACGAGAACCAGUUAAAAACACUCCGCAAAUUGAAAAUACUUUUUCAAACGCGGCAAAUGAAAUAAAUGUUUUGUGGGAAUCUCAAUGCACAAAAAUAAAAUUGACUGGAGAAAGCUCUGGCAAUUUUUAUGUUUGUUCAAGUGAAUUGCGUUUUGUUUCUAUAACGCAAAUAACUACAAGGAUAUUAGGAAAAGACGUCAAAGAUGUCUUUUGGUGUUUUUUGGAUCAAAAACCGAAUUCAAUUCAAAUUUUCACUUAUACGAACAAAAAUUAUUUGUUUAAGUUUUUUGAUGAAGAAAACCACAAGUUUGUUUCGAAUCUAAAGAAAUGCGAAUUCCCUAACAUAAGGUUCUUCCAAGAGAAUUCUCCUCAGAUCGAAAUAAACAAACUACAUUUGACGAAAGAUUGGCAAGAAAGAAAAAUUUCAACAAUGGAAUAUUUGAUUUGGUUGAAUUUGUUGAGUGGAAGAAGUUUUAAUUCAACAAAAUGUUAUCCUGUUUUUCCUUUCAUUGCUAUUAAAGAUAAAUCGAAUUUCGAUAUAGAAAACACUAAAAUAUAUCGAGAUUUAUCUUUGAAUUUGGGUGUAAUCAACAAAGAAUGUUUAGAAAACUUGAAAAUCCAAAGUGAAGCGCAAAGUAUGGAAUUUGGACAAAAUUUCUUGCAUCCAAGUUACAUUUCCAAUCCAUUUUCUGUGACUUAUUUCAUGGUCAGACAAGAACCAUUUACAACUUUGCACAUCAAAUAUCAAGAUGGUGCUUUCGAUGCUUCUUCAAGGAUCUUCAAAAGCAUUCCUUAUUUGUUCAGCAAAGUUGAUAGUCCUGUUGGAUUUAAUCGUGAAUUAACACCUGAAUUUUUCUUCUCUGAUGAAUUUCUGAGGAACGAAAAUGAUUUUAAUUUCGGACAAAAAGAAGAUGGAACAGAAAUCAACGAUGUUGACAUUCCAAAAUGGUCCGAAACUGUUAUAGAAUUCACAAACAAAAUGCAUAGAAUGCUUGAAUCAAGUUAUUCUUCCAAAACAAUCAAUAAAUGGAUUGAUAUGAUUUGGGGAAUAAAUCAACAAGGAGAAAACGCUGUAAAAACAAAUAACACGUAUUCUCCUUUGAUUUAUCCGAAUUUCAAACAAGAUUUCCCUCAAGAAACAAUCUCUGCUGCUUUGAAUACAAUUGGACAAAUUCCACAACAGUUGUUUACUUCUUUUCAUCCUCAAAGACCUGCGAAUACAAACCAAUCUGAUAAAGGAACAUUAGUUAUUUCGCAGUUGCCUUCUUCUGUUGUUGCUUUUAGAUGUGUUGGAGCAACAAUACAAACAAUAAGAAUGUUGGGUGUUUUGAAGACAGGAAAAAUAGUUUUGAUCAAAACAUCUGCAAAUAACAUUCCUGUAAAUGUUAUAAGUGAUGAUAGAACAUUGCUUAUUCCAAACGAAACGAAAUUAGUCGCGUUCGUUGAAGGUGUUCAACCUAAUUUCUAUUUUGUUUCUCCUAGAUCUAAUUGUCCUUCUUAUUUCGAAUUCAAAUCGAGUCAAAUAACAAAGGCAAUUUCGAAAACUCCUCAUUUAGACGAAAUAAAUUGCAUUGGAUGUGCAAGGAAUUAUAUUGUCUGUGGAGGAAAAGAUGCUUGUUUAUCUCUUUGGACAUCAAACAACUUGUUUUUGUUGAAUACUUUGAUUGCUCAUCAACUUCCAAUUGUUUGUCUCGCUGUUUCUUCUUUUUACGGAAUUGUCGUUUCUGUAAGUCAAAACAGAAUUGUUAUUUGCGGAAUCCAUAAUUUGGCUUUCAUAAGAAUGAUAGAUUUAGAUCUUCCGAAAGAUGUUGAACCAGAAAAAAUAUUUAUCACAGAAAACAUGGGAUACAUAAUUUUAGUUGCAGGAAAAAUAAUCAGAUCUUAUACAAUCAACUUGAGAGUGUGUUCUGAGAAAAGGUUUGAUUUGUUUAUCAAAGCUGCUUGUCCAUUUACUACUCUGGAUUUCGAUGACAGAGUUGCAAUUGUCACAGAAGAUAACACUGUUGAGUUUUUGGACGCUUAUUCAUUGGUUUUUAUCAAACAAUUAUGCCGCCCAAAGGAAACAAUCACGCAUAUCGAGUUUUCUCAGGAUUCUCGAUAUUUAAUAUCUGCUACUGAUGCAAAUCUUGUUUAUUUCUUACCUAUUGAUUAA